AUGGCCAAGCACGCCGAGCUGGGCUUGCCCGCCGAGACCCUCACCUCUGGCGUCAUUCGCCAAUUCCUCCAGGGCCUCGCCCAGGACGUCAUCAACGUCCUCGGACGGACCCAGCAACCCAUCCAGAAUACCGUCGUUUUCGAUGGCGAUAGGAUGGAGGCUCAAAUGUACGCCUUGCAUCCGCCUAGCGAGCUUGGUACCCGCACCAACGGCGCAACCAAGAGCGAAGGAGUGGCCGCGAAUUCCGGGGUAGCCACAGUCGAAAUAGAGGAUUGA